AAGCCAAAAAUUCCUACUUUCAAUGGUGCCCCGUUCCUAAGAGCAAACAAGAAACAGGCCUUGGCCCAAAUAGCGUUCCUGCUUCAGUGGGGUAAAUGUGUGUGUGAUCAUCAGUAGCAAAUGAGUACUAUCCCCUGUCCAAAAUAAUGAUUUAUGACCUAUGACUUAAUGUGUACUUCACUGAUUCAACUGCACCCAACUCCUUUCUCACUCACCCUGAAACCACAAAUGGAUCCGCCAAAAGACAAAGGUCCACUUUCUCACUCCUACUUAACCAGGUUCUUCUUUACCAUGACCAACGAUGCCAAGCUCAGGUUCCAAGCUUUUCACCACACCUUCCAUCUCACUUAACUCGCCCUCAUUCACUUCCAUUUCCCCUCCAGAACUCAUUCAAAUCCAACCUCUGCUUUCCUCAUUCUCUUCAACAUCUUCUUCCUCUCUUUCCACCUCAAUUCCUCCUCAGAAAUCCAAGUGUCUUUGUCCCUGUCCUAAUAUUCCUGUUCUUGUUCCAUGAUUCCUCCUACGACCUCCUGCAUACAUGUCUCUCGCGCCUUCUUUCCUCUCCGAUCAAUUCAUUCGGUUGGCAAACAACAAAUCUAGUCCCAGAUAUUCUAAUCUGACACCUUAUUUGUCCAAUCAUGUGUCAGUCUGUAUUUUAAAUGUUCUUUUAGAGAUAAGGCUUAGACCUUGUAAUGUUAUGUGAGUGUAAAUGACCUUCAUCACUCUUUACUCAGGCACAAGUGUGAUACCCUCAUGGAUAUGGAUAGCAUUGAGGGGUUGAAUGAAGUGCGUCCUGCUGUGUACCGCACUGCAAUGAAGCUCCGCUCCUUACAGAAACUCUGCCAUAUGCAUGUUGUGACACUGCGGGAGCUCAUCCCAGCCCUGUGCUCUCUGGGCGGAGCCCGGGACACUGGGGCGGGGCUUAGUGAACAGGAAGUGAGACAGUGCAUAAACAGGAUGUUCCAAAGCGUGUCACAGGAAGUACCUGGGCAGGUGUCGGCAGAGGCGCCAGAACAGACUUGCAGACUGCUGUACAGACUGUUUGACCGGGGACAGACUGGCGCUGUCUGUCGCAGGUCAGUUGAAUCCGCUCUCAUCUCUCUCUCAGCAGACACACUCUCAGCCAAACAUAAAGCUCUGGUUCAUCUGGCAGAGAGGUGCAGUGGGAGAGAGAGCGGCACGGUGAGCAGGAGUGGUCUCAGAGUCGUACUGCAAGACCUCAGCCAGGUGCCGGCUGUAGUGCAGGAGAACCAUGUGUUUGGCUCAGCUGAGACAGCUGUUCGUUCCUGCUUCAGUGGGGUGCUGAGUGCGUGUGUUUGUGAGGAGCAUGUCCUCUCAUGGCUGCAGUGUGAGCCCUGCCUGUUGCUGUGGCUCCCCACCCUGUACCGCCUGUCAGUCAGCGAGAACGUCACACACUCCGUAUGCUGCCACACCUGCAAGGCCUACCCCAUCACUGGACUUAGGUAUCGCUGUAUGAAGUGUGUGAACCUUCAUCUGUGCCAAACCUGCUUCCUGACAGAGAGACACACAAAAAAACACAAGAGCUCCCACCCAGUGCUGGAGCACUGCACUCAGCCAUCCUGGAAAGAAUCCCUAGCCUCAUUAGCAUACAGCGCCCGCCACGCCUUAUUACCACGGCGAUACACAGACAUGGAGGCAGAGAGGAGAAGGUGCCUAAUCAGGGCGGGGUCACGAGGGGAGCCGCAGACCAGCUUCACCACCCCUGACCCUUCACCUCAGUCAGCCGCUGAGGACAGAGCCCCUCCCACUAAUCCUCCCCAACUGCUGGCCACACCCCCAGCUGUUCGGCCCAGGAAGGCAUCUAAAGCCCUGCAAACUGAGGAAGAGCAGGAGGAAGCACAGCCACAGAGGAGAGACUCUGUCCUCAUUAAGGACAUCAAGGACCUGCAGAGGGACAAACGGCUGCUGGAGAGGGAGCUGCAGGUGUGGAGGGUAACGGUUCAGUCGGAGCAGGGCUCGCUGGAGUACCGCUGCUCUGAGAUGGAGGCCAACAUGGAGACUCUGAGACAACACAACCUCAGACUGCAGGACAUGAUGUCACAGGCUCUUAGCAUGUCAGGGACACAUGCUGACAUCAUGCCUCAUGCUAAUGUCAUCCCACAUGCUAAAUACAGGCCAGAGAGAGACAUAGCCUGUCCUGUAGAGUCCCAGAGCUCUGCAUCUUCCUCUGGAUCCAGAGAAAGAGAAGAGGAGGAGGAGGAAAGGGAAGAGGAGGACAAAUGUUGCACAGCAAAGAUGCAGAGAAAUGAGAUGAAGACAGAAGAACAGAGAGGUGAUGAUGAAGAGGAGGAGCAGACUGAGACUGACUCAGUCACACAGACUCAUACUCCCACAAUUACCUCUAACCCACAGCCAUGUUAUGGGCAGGUCACUGGGCCAAUGAAAGACCAGAGUGUCUCUGAAGAGGAGUAUUCUGGGAUGUGUAGUUUAGCGGAGGAGGAGCGACUGUGUGAGCUGGUGCAACGACUAAUAAGUGAGCUGUCGCUACACACUUACACACAUACAGACUACAGACGGGAGUUGGAGUUGUUGGAGGCUGCAGAGGAAGUGAGGGACUCGGUGUGUCAUCUCGUCUAUGCAGUGAACACACACUCCGUCCCAAACGAACACACUUCAUGCCCCAUCCUCCUACACAACCAUGUAUCCAGAAGGCUCCUCUAGACUUUGUCGCCUGAUGAUGUGAGUUAUUGUGUACUUUCCUGAUAUUUGUAUGUAGCACAGUUGUACUGAAAUGAUUCUGCUCUUUCAUUAGAGAAACAUGACAAAAUGUUU